AUGCUUAUCCUUUCACUUUCAAACUGCAAACAAACAAGUAUCUAUCCCAAGGAAAUUGCACAUCCGCUAUCAACUAUCCUCAGAGAACAAGACCCACAAGCUCAACCUUUUGCCGAGAAAGUUUACUAUGGAGGUAGUGCAACAAUUUCUGUAACAAAUUCAAAAGUUGAUCCGGACAAGUUUAACACUGCUCAAAUCAGGAUACAGAAUGGCCCUAAAGAAGAAUUAAAUAGUAUAGAGUUUGGAUGGACUGCCGACGGAUUUAAAGAAACUGGAUGCUAUAAUAUGCUUUGCCCAGGAUUUGUGCAAGUCCACCCCAAGUACUCUUUCGGGGAAAUUAUUGGAGCUGGUACCUAUGGAGGGAUCCAACGUGUGUUUGAUUUUUCAGUGCAUAGGGACCCAGUAAGUGGCAACUGGUGGUUCAUCAAUGGUGUAAACAAUGCAAAGAUAGGAUACUGGCCAAAAGAUAUCUUUACUCGUUUAGCAGAAAAUGCAUCUGUUAUUGGAUAUGGAGGUGUUGCAGGAGACGAUAUUGGUGAACCCACUCGGCCAAUGGGAUAUGGGCAUUUGCCAGAUUUUAAUUCUAAAUAUACAUGUUAUAUGUUCAACAUGAAAGUCGCUAACAAUCGUGGUAACUAUUUGAACUUUGAUACAUCAAAGGUGCGACUGGAUCACGAUGCAAAAACUAGUUCUUAUGAUCUUAUUUUUGUUGGUAAAGAAAUUUUACGUGGAAUAAUGAUGUUUUUCGGAGGACCUGGUGGUGAUUGUCCGUAAUUAUGAACAGUUGUAAUCGAGUGUGGUAAUUUUUAAUAAAAGGGUUGUUAU